AUGGGCGCUUUAAUCUCGUUAUUAAUGUCAAAGUUUGGCCUUUUGAAUAAAGAUUUGAGGGUUGUAAUGAUUGGUCUUGAUGCAGCAGGGAAAACGACUAUCCUAUAUAAAUUAAAACUAGGAGAAACAGUAACCACUAUUCCGACUAUCGGUUUUAAUGUCGAGACAGUCACGAUCAAUAAAUUAAAUUUGACAAUUUGGGAUAUAGGAGGCCAAGAUGUAAUUCGUCCACUCUGGAGACACUACUUUAAUUCCGUAAAAGCCUUAAUAUUCGUAAUCGACUCUUCAGAUCGGUCUCCAGAACGAAUUGAGAAGGCUCGAACAGAAUUAAAUUGGUUAUUGACAGAGGAAGAAUUGCGCGAUACUGUAUUUCUAGUGUUUGCCAACAAACAAGAUUUACCAAAUGCGAUGAGUGUUCAAGAAGUGACACGUGUCUUGAAAUUGGAAAAUUUGAGAGGAAGAAAAUGGUUUGUUCAGGGAACUUGUGCGACUAGUGGAUAUGGAUUAUUGGAUGGAUUUCAGAAAAAACUUUGUGGAAAUCUUCCUGCUCAACAACUAAUAUUGGAAACUAUCGGAAACCAUUUGAAUAAAGCUAACGCUAAUACAACAAUUGAUCAACAAAACUCGGAAGUCUAUAUCGAUCUAUACAAACCUACUGAUAAACAAUAUCGACUCAUUGUAGCAAGUUUAUUAGAAUGGAUAGUUGAAGAUUUGCAACCACUUAAUGUCGUCAAUACUCCAACAUUUAUUAAUAUUAGACAAUCGAUUUUCUAUGCCAUGU